CUUAUUUCCACUCUCUGUGUGUUCUUCAUCACCACUAUAUGGCUUGCCAAAGCGUUAUGAUCGACUGCAGUCUUUAGAUCCUUGCAAUCAUAGUCCCAGAUCAACCCGUCAAUUAACUGUCAUCUUAUCAGACACGCUUAAGAGCCAAUACCUGCACGUUUCUUCGACAUCCGUCAUCAUUCACCCUCUUUUCGAGCGCCACCAUCGGCACCCCUUGUUUUAGAUUUCAACAUGACAGCAGAGAAGGUAGCAGAGAAGCUGGACUCCAUCGAAGGUGGAGAGGAUACGUCGUCCGUGGAAGUGGUCAACGCCUCGGGUCACCGUCAGGAAGUCGACCGGAAUUUCAGUCUGUUGAGCAUCUGUGCUGUUGCCGUCACCACCGGAAACACAUGGAUUGCCCAGGGUGGCAGUGUGACAACUGCUUUGAGCAAUGGAGGACCAUCUGGCGUCAUCUACGAAUUUAUCGCUGUUUCGGUAUGCUACUGGCUAGUUGCAGCAUCGAUCGCAGAACUGGCAUCCGGCAUGCCAUCUGCUAGUGGAGUCUACCACUGGGCCUCCAUAACCGCAGGCAAAUACGGACGAGUGUGCGGCUUCUUCGCCGGAUUCUGGAACUCUCUGGCCUGGAUCCUAGGAGCAGCCUCGAUGUCAGCCAUCCUCGGGCAACAAACGGUGUCGAUGUACGCCCUCAUGCACCCUGGCUUCGUGCCUCAGUCAUGGCAUAUCUUCGUGAGCUUUGUCAUCUGCACCUGGAUGUGCUGCUGCAUCGUGCUAUUCAUGAACCGAUGGCUUCCUCACAUUGGGAACCUGGGGCUAUUCUUCAUCCUGGCGGGUGUGUUCAUCACGAUUGUUGUCUGUGCGGUGAUGCCUCACGUCAACGGCACAGGCUAUGCCUCCAGCAAGGACGUAUGGAGUUCGUGGGAGAACGACACGGGCUACACCAGCCAAGGGUUCGUCUUCGUCGCUGGAAUGCUCAACGGAGCGUACAGCGUGGGUACCCCGGACUGUUCAUCUCACCUCGCGGAGGAAAUUCCCCAACCGAGCCGCAAUAUCCCCAAAGCCGUCCUUGCCCAGAUGACCGUGGGUUUUAUCACGGGCAUAGUGUACAUGAUCGCGCUCUUCUACAGCAUCACGGACCUCCCCGCGGUCCUCAACAGCGUAUACGGUUUCCCACUGGCAGAAAUCUACUACCAAGCAACGGGCACACGCUCCGGCGCACUAGGCCUACUGGUCGUGGCCUUCCUACCGACAGUCAUCACCUGCGCCGGCUGCUACAUCACAGCAGGGCGGACACUGUGGACGAUCUCGCGCGACCAGGCGACGCCGUUCCACAGCUGGCUGGGGGCGAUCAACUCGCGGAUGCACAACCCGUUCAACGCAACGCUAGUCUGCGGCUGCAUGGUGACAGUGCUGGCGUGCAUUUACGUGGGCUCGACGACGGCCUUCAACGCGUUCGUCGGCUGCUUCGUCCAGCUCUCGAGCCUCAGCUACUUCGCCGCCAUCUGCCCACACCUACUCACGCGCCGCGCCUCCUUCGCACCCGGCCACUUCUGGAUGCCCGGCCCGAUCGGGUUCGUCGUCAACGCCCUCAGCUGCGUCUACAUCCUCGCCUUCGUCGUCAUCUUCUGCUUCCCCGCCGCCCUCCCCACCGACGCCCAGACCAUGAACUACGCCAGCCUGAUGACCGGCGGCCUGACCGUGUUUGUGGCUUGCUGGUGGUUCGUCAAGCGAAGUGACUACGAAGGCCCCAAGGAGGUGCCUGUCUCGGAUAAGGUCGUCGUCGAAGGCGUGGUGGAAUAAGCCGGAUGUCCUUGGAAGGGCCAUGCACUACGUACCCCCGGCCCCGGGUGCACGGCGCAGGCUAGACAACAUGCGGAUCCACCUCCGAGUAUAUAGUUACGAGUAUGGGUAUCGGUUCAUGUAUAAAGCUUCUUCUUUAUUGUUACUGGAUGGGGGUUACAUGGAGUCAAG